AUGACAGACUUUGGCGAAAGGUUCAGAAGCAAUGCCAUCUUGGCAAUAAAUAGCAUGCAAAAACAGCACAGGGCAAUGAAGAAGGAUUAUAAUAAAUACAAGGGGUUCCUACACAUAAAAACAAUAUACUUCAAAAUAGUCGAUAAUAGGGAAGUCAAAAGAAGACUUCGAGCGGCGUUGGCGGAGGAAAAAAGGCAACAUCAAGCCGAAUUAGAUCGUCAAAGAAAGGAACAGAAUAAGGUAGUACAGGAUACCUCGGUGUUUAGGAUAAAUUUUGUCAAAUUAUCUAAUACACAAACAGAAAAAUUCGCAAAAGAUAUCAAGGAACAAACCAAAGUGAUUGCAAACAAGAUCCAACUUGACCGUGGUGGACUUUUUCAUGAUUUCAAAAAUUAUAGAAAAUCCAACCAAUCUAUUUGGCAGCAACAGAAACGACAGGAGAAGGAAAACCAAAAAGAAGCCAAAUAUUUUCUUGAGGAUGAACAGAAUAAGGAAAAGGAAAGUCAGAAGUUACAUGCUCAGAGAUUAAAGGAUCGAUUCAAAAUCGAAGUGAGGGAUGAAAGAAUUGAAAAGUAUCGACUACGGGAAAAGCGUAGGUUGGCAAAAAAACUUGGAUAUUGGUGA